CAGCUGUAGUUGUGAAUAUGACCACUCAAACCGAAUUGGCAUUACAUACACGGGAUUACAAAUGUAUUGGCUGUGGAAGUGUUGCUGACCAACUCUAUCGUGAUUUUAAAUCUGGAAUCAUCAAAAUUGAGCACUGUAAAAACUGUCAAAAGGUUGUAGAUAAAUACAUUGAGUCAGAGCCAGUUAUCGUUUGUUUGGAUGCUUUACUAUUGAAGCAGCAAGCAUUUCGACAUGUUUUGUACAACAAGAAAACACAGGGACACUGGAAGUUAGUGGCCAUCUUACUUCUCUGUGAUGCAUUUACAAAACUGUUGCUGGAGCAUCGGAGCAGUGGAGAAUCUCACCUUCGCCCUGAUUACAUGAUCUAUUCAGCGUUGGAAUGGGGACUAUAUCAAAAUUUCAGUCUUGCAUUAAUAGAGUUGGUCAUUGUUGUUUCAAUAAUCAUUGUAUGCAUUAGGAUGGUUUCUACAGAGGAAUUUAGGUCAGAAGAGUUGAUGCGUGGAGUGCUGCUAUCCAACUUUGGUAAAAUCCUUGUGAUCCCUGCUGUACUGUGGGGGAAAAACUACAGCCACAUCUAUGUGCGCCUGAGUCAUCUGUUUGUAUGUGCUGCAAACAUCCAGGCCAUUAGAGUUCUCAGUCCUAGCUGCAACAUUUCCACUUGUAUCCUAUCUGUUGUGUUUGGACAUUUGGUAGCCAUGGGGACAUCCAUCUGGAUACAAACCUUGUUUUCCCAAAACUCAUUGUGAAGAU